AUUUUAUAACGCUGAAGAGGUCUAUUUAAUCUUUAUAUCUCUAAUACAUCUAUAUAUAUAUAUAUGUUUAAUGUUGACGAGGAAGUGAUUACCUAUUUCUGGAUUGUUUCCAAAUGUAUUCUAUCUAACAGAAGACAGAUAUCUAACGCAAUGGGGAAUAAAGAAAGUAGCAUAAAAAGUGUUCCAUCAUCUGAACCACAGGCCAGCAACAACAAUCUAGAGAACUUGCUUCGUAAUGCCAUCAGAAUAGCAUAUAGCAUUCCAAUUGCAGAUUUGUAUGUUUAUCGUGACGAAAUAAUUCCGUUAGUUGACAAGAUCAUAGGUAAAAGAGAAAGCAUGAUCAGUAUCAAAAUUGACAGAAAUAAAAUAUUUGAAGAAGCAACUGGUCGAUUUGUUGGGAAAGUGAAACAGCUCGCUAAAAUUAGCAGUCCAGUCCAUGAAAAACCUGUAAUCACUUUCAAUGAUACCGACAUAUUAGACGUCGAUGGAAGUGGAUUCCGAAGAGAGUACUAUUCGGUAUACUUUCGUAAGUGUAUAGCAAAUCUAUUCGAAGGACAAGGAAGGCAAAUGUUACCAAAGAAAGACUGUACCAAAAAAGAUGAGUUGAAAGCUCUUGGAAUAGCUAUUGUGGAAUGUGUUUUGAAUGGUGAUUGUGGAUUUCCUUAUCUACACAGAGGCAUUUAUAAAGCUAUCAUUGGGUGUACUUCUGAUGAAAUUGAUCAGCAUUGCAAUUUGAACGAUAUUCCAGACGGCGAGGUUCGAAUGAUUGUGCAACAACUAAACGAUGCAAAAUCCGACGAAGAAAUAACCGAAAUCAUAGCGAGCGAUGUAGCCUCCUUUAUUAACUAUGUUGGGUGGCCAGUAGGGAAAAUAGUUACGAUGACCAACCGACAUGUGUUGCUGCAGUAUAUACUCCGAUGGUUUAUUAUUGACCACAGACAAAACGAAAUAGACCAAUUACGUCAUGGUCUCAGCUACAUGGGCUUCCUUGAUGCAAUAAAGUCAAACGACUGGUUUGAACCUUUAUUUGUUUAUUCAGAACAAUACAGCAUUACAGCAAGAUACAUGAAAGACAAGCUAAACCCAGUCUUGGAAAAACUGGAAGCCAAAACUGAAAAAGAAACAAACUGUGUAAAGUUUGCUAAAGCUUGCAUUGAUUCCCUAGAUGAUACGCAAGCCAGAUUAUUAUUUGCCUUUAUAACAAACCUUAAUGACCCACCGUUAGAGGAAGAAUCUUUGGAAGUCAUCUUUAAUACACACAACCCUGAUAGACUUCUGCCAGAAAGCUAUACGUGUUUGAAUAGACUUCUCCUUCCAUUGGGAAAUAAAGAUAUUAACCACUUCAGAGAAUCUUUUUUCAAGGCAAUAAUGGAACAAUGAUAAAGAUUUCUGAAUAACCAAACUGUUUUGUGUUUAUUUUACUUUUCACUAAUUGUUUUUGCAUGCAAUAAAGAACAAAUAAAUGUGAAUUUCCUCUGAUAAAAGGAAUGUUUUACCACUCACGCAUAAGAAAUAAUUGGAAACUUAUCAGUUUAAUAGUUGUCAUAAAUUGAACGCAAAACAUGUAACUCGGGGAUACCCUAAAACAAAUUACACUCGUUAAACACAUGAAAAAAACGUUUGGAAGCUAAAUCGUGUUCAUCGGGGAGUCGCACGUUAGACGCGGACGGGCUACAGCAGGUCUCUCGACCAUCG